UUCAAGCGGUCAACGUUGACGUCGCGGUUGAAAAUCGUUUUGUAUCUGAAAAGCUCAGCUUACAGUGAACACUCACUAAGCUAAACGUCUCCGCCAGUGAGCAACAGUGUCUAUCUAUUUCGUGUGUAUGUGUGUGUGUGUGUGUGUGUUGUGCGUGUGUGCAGACAUGAAGUGAAUAAGAAAUUGAAGAAGCGAAAAAUAAAAAAAAAAUAAAUAAUAAACGCAAAGAAACGUGGUUAAAGCCAAGCAAAAACCGUCCAACAACACCAACAACAACAACAAUUUUGGGCGAUAAUCAAAGAAAUAUUUCUUUUUGGCCCAUUGCGCGCCUCAAACGGAAAAAGCGCGAAAUAUUUGUUUUAUUUUUGGGCCUGACAGUCAAUAUGCACACUACAACGACAGAUAAACACUUGGACAAUUCGCAAUUGAGACUUCUCUUGCCCAUCGCCAUGGAAUCCCAGCACACAAAUCUGCAAAUGUCCAACAAAAAAUGCAAUAAUAACCAGCAGCGAGGACGAGGAAGACGGCGAGAGCGACGUUUGCCGGGCAUUGACGAUGGACGAGGCAUUUUUUGGUCCAUCAGUAAGACCAUUUCCGUGUUGAUCCUCUGCAUGGCCCAGCUUACGACUGCCGUGCCCGCCAUUGAGAGCAGCAACAGCGCAUCCGCAUCUCCUCCAAUUGUCACGGUCGCGGUCACGCCCAGCAUCAUCAGCAGCAACACCAGCAAUAGUAGCAGCAGCAGCAUCCCUGGAGGUGGAGUAAGCUCAACUGAAUCCCCGCUAGAGCCACAACAGCCACAGGGCCAAUGUCUGCUGGAUGGUCUAUGGGUGACCGAAUCCCCAACGCUCUGUGAGAAGCAGACAAGCUGCCGUGCCAUACAACGAACUGGAUACUGUUGUCCCGAUUAUAAAUGCGAUUGUGAAAAGGAUGGAAAAACUUAUGCGAAUGGUUUUAAAUUGGUUGAUCCGGAUACACCAUGCACGGUCUGCCAUUGCAAGGGUGGCGAAAUCGUAUGCAGCUCCGUUUCCUGUUACCAUCGUGAUGAUUGCUUGCCCAAAUAUGUGCCCGGUCGUUGCUGUCCUGAAUACGAUAAUUGUCCAAUUCUCGAAAAUAAUCCAUCAUUGGUAGACACUGGCAGUGAGCUGGCAGGCAUUGGACUAACAUCGACCACAUCAACAUUGUUGCAAAAACCAAGUGUCGUGCCACAAGCGAAUGGCUUCAAUUGGAAUAUAACUAUCAAGGAGAUAACAAAGCCAACUGAAAUACGUAUAACAGAUGAUAAUAAGGCGAAACCAGCGAUACCCAUUAGAAAGGUCAUGACCACAGAGGGUGUGCCGUCGGCAAUAGUAAGCACAACAGCAGCCACAACAACAGCAGCGGCAGCAGCAGCUGCAGCAAGCUCAGCAUCGACAACGGCGGCAACAACAACAACAACAUCAGCUGCAACAACAGAUGCACCAGUAACGUCUUCAACAACAACGCCAACAACAACAACAACAACAGCAGCAGCAACACCUUUAACAUCAGCAACAUCUUUAAGCACGACAGCAACAUCAGGUUUUGGAACUUCACUUAGCUCGGAUACAAACCCAUCACAAGCCAAACCCCUCAAUGGAAGCUUAAAGCUCAUUGCCUCAGUGGGUUAUGGCCCGAAUAGCAAUCGAAUUGACCAACCGACAAAACCGUUAACAGUCACGAAUCUUGAACCUCUGACUGAAAAUGAUCCCAACAAAGUGAAUAUCAAACGAGAAUAUACCACAGAGGGCAUCCUUGAUGCUGGAAGUGCUUUGGCAGCCAGUUCGGUGUUUGUACAAAAUGGUUUUCCCGACUCACUGGUGGAGAAUCCCGACUCCGAAUCCGAAUUAGCUGAACCUGAGACCGCUGGUAGUGAUAAUAUCUAUCACAUAAUAUCCACCACAGAGGGUCCGGCGGGAAACAAUCUAACUACAGCUGAGACGGAAAUAAGCACGGAAAACUCUCUAGGAAGCGGCUCCACCACGGAGUCUGAGCCAACCAGUUCGAGCUCUAGUUCCAGCCCCCAUCACAUGGAUGUGGAGGAUGACGUUCCGCAAGUAGAAUCGAAUCCCGCUUAUCCUUCGUUACCCGAAGAUGAUUUCAGUUUGCGGGAUGUGAAUUUUCCCCUAGCCGAGUUGGAAGACAUCAACGAAGCUGAGACUCGAGAUGAUGCCGAUCAUCGUCGCACUAAAUUGGUGCAGGAGAAGCAUCUGGAUGGUAGUGGCAGUGGAGGCGGCAGUGGUGACAUGGAAGUCCCAAUAAUGGCAACAGCCGCCUCAAAUCUCCAUGUGGAAAAAGUGCCCAUGGUGCCACUGAUCAAUAGUGCCGAGGAUCUAUCGGGUGAGAGUCGCAUACAAAAUAUAAGUGAUUUACCCCUAGAAAUGGGAAGUGGGGGCGGCAGUGGAAGCGGUGAAAUCAAAGAGAAGGAGCCCACGACACCGAAACCAAUAAAGACCUCUCUAUUGGAUAUCGAUGAACUUGGUUCGGGUGGCGGACAAGGAGCAGUCACUGCCGGCGGUCUGGAUCCCAAGGCAGAUGCCGAGAGCCUCAAAUUGGAUGAGAGUCAGGAACACAAUGAUGGUGUGGCCAAAACAAGUAGCUCCUCCAGCGACAAGAUAUCGACUCGAGCCGAAAAGAGUUUUGUCGAACGGGCCAUACCUCUGGGACGUCUAUAUCUGCAAAGGAUCUACUGAUUAGGCGUCAUGAUAGAUUGAUAAAUGUAUAUAUACAAACUAUUCGAAUCCUACAUUAAAGUGAGCAAAACUAAAAACAAAAAAAUAAAACAAAAAAAGUCUUAAAAUUAAGUAGCCAGAUGUAAUGGAAAAUGAAAACAAAAAAUGGGGACGAUGAUUGAAAUUGACUGCAAAACUUUUUUAAGAAAUAUUCAUUAAAUUAUGAAAGCAACCAAUAUAACAUAUUAAUUGAACAACAACAACAACAAAAAGCUGGGCUCCCAAAAUGCAAUAAUUUACUAAAACAAAAACAACAACAAAAAGUUGAUUAAAAAAGAAAUCGAA